GCGCUCCCUAGUUCAUAAUAUAUACCUUCUUCUUCAGGCUCCAAAACCCUUUAAAAUCAUGCCUCUCAUAAUGGACUCUAGCACUUCGCCACCCAUUAAUCCUCUGUGUCCAUUAAUGGAUGCUAAAGAUCAUGAGAAUGGAGCUUUCGUUUUCGACUCAGCUCUGAUCCAAAAGCAAACCAGCUUGCCUAGCGAAUUCAUUUGGCCACUACGGGACUUGGCCAAUCACAGUAGCACUACUCGAGAAGAGCUCAAAGAACCCAUCAUUGACUUGGGUGGCUUCAUUACAGGUGACAAUAAUGCAGCAACAGCUCGCGCCGUUGAGCAUGUCAGAGCGGCUUGCUUGAACCAUGGCUUCUUCCAAGUGACCAACCAUGGUGUCGAUGUCAGUCUCAUUCGUGCCGCGUACGAUGAAAUCGAUGCCAUUUUCAAGAUGCCUCUCGACAAGAAGCUCAGCCUUUGCAGGAAACCUGGCUGCAUCUCAGGGUACUCGGGCGCCCAUACAGAUCGUUAUUCGUCUAAGUUGCCAUGGAAAGAGACAUUUUCUUUUGGAUACCAUGAGAAUGAUGAUGAUCAUGACUCCGUGCCCAUGGUAGUUAACUACUUCAAUUCUAUCUUGGGUGAAGAUUUCCAACGAAUAGGUUGGGUUUAUCAAAGAUACUGUGAAGCCAUGAAGGAAGUUUCUCUAGUGAUUAUGGAGCUCUUGGCAAUUAGCUUGGGUGUUGAUCGUUUCCACUACAGAAGAUUUUUUGAAGACGGAAGCUCAAUAAUGAGGUGUAACUACUAUCCUCCUUGCAAAAAAUCUGGCCUCACCCUUGGCACCGGUCCUCACUGCGACCCAACCUCCUUGACCAUUCUUCAUCAAGAUCAAGUUGGAGGCCUUGAAGUUUUUGCAAAUAACCAAUGGCAUGCAAUUCGACCUCGUCCAGAUGCCCUAGUCAUAAACAUUGGCGAUACCUUUAUGGCGUUAUCUAAUGGGAAAUACAAGAGUUGCCUGCACAGAGCAGUGGUGAACAGGGACAAGGAGAGGAGAUCGUUGGUUUACUUUGUGUGCCCAAGAGAGGACAAAGUGGUGAGGCCCCCAAAAGAACUGGUUUGCGGAGAAUUAGGGACAUUAAGGAACUACCCUGAUUUCACAUGGUCCGACUUGUUGGAGUUUACACUAAAACACUACAGGGCCGAUGUCGCUACCCUCCAAAGCUUCAUCCAAUGGCUUCUAUCCUCCAAACCAUCCAACAACUUCUAGUAAUUCCUUAACUAAUUUGGCUGAUCGAUCGGUUCUGAUGAUCAUUGCUACCUAGCUAGCUCAGCUCAGCUCUCGGCUCAUGAUAUUUUUCUCCCCAACCCCUUCCUCUUGAUCUAUGUGUGCGUG